UGCCAACUCCAGGCUACAAGCCGCGCUACUUACCGUUUCGCCUCUCUCACAGCCCCGAGUGCCUCUUCCCUUCACUCGGCAGGGUGUUUAAGAAACGGCCCUGAGGACCCAAGGAAAAUCAAGGUGAUGUCUUCCCCCAGACUCAUCCCCACCUGGAAGGAUUUUAGCUACCUCAUAAAUGACAUCAUACAAAAAAGCAAGGAAUCUUUAGAUGACUCAAAGAGUGAAACAGUUGUGUUAAGUGACCGGUCCCAGACACUAUUCAAAGAAUCUCGACAUCCUCUAAAUAUGCCACUUAUAUGCCAUUACUUCUGUGAUGCCGACUUCUUUGCCUCCCUCUCCUGGAUGACACCCCACACAAAAGAAAUACAGGCUAUAGUGUGGACGAAGAGCAAAUCUGAGGACAUGGUUGAGAAGAGAGCUUUCUCCAUGACCGAGCGACUGCCACCCAUCCAGUCAAUGGCGCACACAGGUUCCUUCCAUAUCCUUGUGGCCUACUGUGGUGACAUGAUCCUGCGCCUCUUCGGGGACCACUUUCGGGCGUUCAAACCCCUAGCCACUGUGCCCUGCCGCUUCAACAUCAACUGUCUCUGCUAUGACUCAGAAAUGAAGAUGCUUCUGUCUGGCACCCGGGGGUCAGUGGUCAGCUGGGUCAUUGAUCAAAGUGGCAAGGGCCUGCAGAUGGCUCACACGAUUUCCAUGCCUGGUGAUGAGCUUGUCCAGGACAUCGUGCUGAAUGGCCCCAACGGCUCCCUUCUAGCCCUGUGUGAGACUGUGGUGAGAGCCCUUGCGCGCCAGGGCCAGGGCAGGCUGGGAGAGGUGAAGAAGUUCAUGUCCACCAGGAGUGGCUCCUCUAUCACCUGCUGCUUCACCUCCUUGGAUAAGGGUUUUCUCUAUGCUGGAAACAAGGCUGGGGAAAUCCAAGUAUGGAACCUCAGUCACAGCCACGCCCUCCACAAUUUCAAGGCGCACUCCUCAUCUGUGGUUUGUAUCCGCAGCCGGUCCGAGGCCAACACCCUGCUAACAGCCGGCCAGGAAGGCUUGAUGAAGGAGUGGAACCUUACUUCAGGGACCCUGCUUCGGCGACUAGAACUUGGUGAGGAGCUGUACCGCCUCCAGUUUAUUGAUGACACUACCUUCUUCUGCCAAAGUACCCAUACGUUUUCCUUGUACCGUCUACCCUGCUUCUAUAAUCUCUUCCACGUCUGUGGGUCUGCUCCCCAGCAGGUGCAUCGGGUCUGCUGUGGCGAUAACUGGUACAGGAUCCUGUGCAUUACAGAAGAUGGCCUGUUGCGCUUUGUGUCCCCAUUAACAGGGGAUCUUCUGCUUUUCACCUGGCCCCUCUCCAUCCUGGACGAGGCUGUGGAUUGGGCCUAUGACCCGCGUAAAGAGGAGCUCUUUGUGGCAACGGGCAGCACAGACGUGCUGGUGUUUGACACAACCCGCUGUCCUUGCCUAGCCAAAUAUCUUUUAUGCACCUCACCAAAUCCUCAGGACUUUGUACACUGCCUGGCUUACGGGCAUUUCCACCUGGGGCGAGGGAUAGAAGGACUGAUAUUCUCUGGGCACCAGAGUGGUAUAAUAAGAGUGCUUUCUCAGCAUAGCUGUGCCCGAAUAGAGAAAUUCAUACACUAUGGGGCUGUACUGGCACUCUCUACGCUGUCUGCGAGGCUUCUGAGUGGCCGGGAAAACUCUUUGCUGUGUUCCUAUGGGAUGGAUGACUAUAUACACUUAUCAGAAGUUGUGCUUGAUGGGAGCAAAGUACAACUGCAGCUCCUUGCAAGCAUUCUCAGCAGCUGUCCCCUAAAACAACUGGUACUCUUGCCCAACUCUGUGGGUGCCAUCACAGAAACCAACUGCCUGCGUCUCUGGAAGUUCCAUGAUUUUAUGUCCUAUGGGUCAGAUGUAGGCUCAAAAUUCAUAGAGACCUUGCCUCUGCACCAGUGUACCAUCACAUCCUUUGACGUCUGCUUGUCUUUGAGUGUUUUUGUCACAGCUGGUAGUGAUGGCUCUGUCCGGAUCUGGGACUUCCACGGCAGACUCAUAGCCAGGCUGGACUCAUCACUGCACUUUGGCCCGCUCUGCUUUGCAAAUGACAGGGGUGACCUGCUUGUGACUUUCAAUCAGGGUCUUUAUCUGGUAUCCUGUUUAAAACUGCUUCCCCCUACCCUGCUUUCUCUCCUUUCCUUAAGGAGUAUGACGGAUGAAGUGCUAGAGGCCCCCAAGCCUUUCACGCCAAGCUUCUUUCUGUCUUUUGAGACUAUGCUUUUGCCCAAGUAUAUGUACUUUGGUCAAGGGAAACAGGAAUUAGUGGGUCUGCAGAGCACUGUCAAUAAGCGAGCCAUUGCCUUUGACCAUUCUGUGCCACACGUCAUAGAAGAAGAUGAGGAUGGGAGUCCUGUGUUACUGGGUACCGUCAAAUUCAGAAAGGCGGAGCCGGUGAGCAAGCCUCCCCAUCACCAUUACGUGGUUCCUCCUCAGUUACAACUGACUUACUGGGAUGGACUCAACCCUUACGAGAUACUGAGAUGCUACUUUGGUUAUGGGCGGGAAUGGUUCCUUGCCCCUGAUUGCUACAUCCCCAACUCAGUGAUUCGUGCUCGUCUUUGGCCAGAGGGCAGCCCAAUACAUCUACAGUGCAACCUGCACCCACCCCAGCGGGAACUGGAAUGGGAAAUGUCUGAACCCUUUUUCUGGCACAGAAGGGUAAGAACUUUAAGUAAAGCACAAGAAUAUGAAGAGAAGGAGGAUGACAGCUUCCUAGAAACGAGAAAAUCCAAGGAUGGAACCUACAGUGUCCUUAUGGACUCAGCAAACCGCAGUUGGCUGGGCAGAAAAAUGAGUGAAAUAGCUAUUAGUAACCUAGUUGAGACGAUCCUCCAUAUUAUGAUUCAUGCUUCCCCACUGAAGUACCAGCGCUGUAUUGGCGCACUAGGGCAGAUCUUUGCGUCUUACCAAGUGUCUCCAUCCCUGCGCUCUGAGACUGCCCACCGUCUGCUGGAUGAUACAACCAAUUCCAACCCACUGAUCCGAGAGCUAGCCUGGGAAGGGCUGAAGCGUCUAGGAAUGGUCACUCAUCUCUUUGCCUUGCCUCUGGCCCAAGGGUUAAUGGAUAAGGAUGAAAGAGUGAGGAAUAAGGCCCUCGAAAUCAUACCUGAGACUGGAAUCCACUCUAGGACCUCACUCUUAAACUUGAUCCAGGGACAAGACACUUUCCAGGAGAUCCAGCAAGAGAUGAUUGGGGACGAAUCCCUGGACCACCUGCUGGGGAUGCGGCCCACAGAUCUGCAAAUCCUUUUCACUCAGGUGCAGCAGCGAUUGAAUGAAAACUUGACCUUGUCACAAGAAGAUAGAAAGCCCCAAUUUUCUUUACAUGUCCCAAGAGCUUCUAUACCUAUGUCCCCCUCCAUACAACCUGCCACUGUUCCUGAAGAAUCUGAAGUCAAGCGUAGCAAAGUCCAAAGACGGACCCGAGCAGGGGGCAAAAAGCAUGCCCAAAAAAUGUCACGAGGUCUCAGAAGGGUGAAAGAGGGAGACUCUAAACAGAUGAGCACAGAGCCAGGCCCCAUAGAGGUUGAGACCAAAGAAGAGAGUGAAACUGUGCCACUUGAGAUGGAGGACACAACCUUCCAUGCCAGAUCUUCAACUGAUAGUUUAAAGGGCCUUGAAGAUGUUGAACUUUCCGAGAUAGCUGUCCCAGAGAGUCACAUUGCUCAGACCCUAAAGGUGUUAAAGAAAACGCAUGAUACAAGACACAAGAAAGCUACAGCUCAGAAACCAAUAAAGAGGCAUAAGAAAAGAAAAGAAGAAAAAGUUUUAAUUGAGGAAGCUUUGCCUACUAUAAUAGAAGAACCAGUUAGGAAAAAGCCUGAACUUCAGAGGCGGGGUGCUUCUGGAGUGCCUGGCUAUAGGGCUAGAGAUGAUACCUCAUGGCGGAAGGCUGUAUGUCGUCUUAUGACCCUGAGGAUAGCUGGUUCCCAAAAACAAAUGGCAAAAGAUCUAAACACUGAGUUAGUGACUACAGCUCAGGAGAUUCUGGCAGAUCGGCGCCCCAGCUGGGAACUCUUUCAGAAGAUCUGCCCCGUGUUGAAGAAAGAAAGCAAGGAUAUGCUUGAGGACCUUGCCAAGGAUGUAGCUGAGGACCUUGCCAAGGAUGUAGCUGAGGACCUUGACAGGGAUAUAGUUUGGCCAGAGGAGAAACCAAGUUUUAUCCAUGAAGAAGCAAUUAGAGAGGACAUGGUUAUCAGAGACAAGAAAGAGAUACCGGUGGAGCAAGAAGAGCAAGUGCAAAAGGAAGAAAGGGACAUGCAGGGCUUGCAGGAAGUGGUUCCAAAAAGAGGCAAGAAAAAGCAAGUUAUUUUUUUAGAACCAAGUGACCUAACUAAGAAAAAACAAAAGUCAAAGGAGGAAGAAAAGAAAUCCCCUAAGAAGAUAUCUAAGGAAGAGAGGAAAACAGUGCAGGAGAAAAGUAAAAUAGGUAAAAAAGGGAGGAAAAUGACCAAAAAGGAGGAGGAGGAUACAAGCAAGGAAGGAGAGGAAAUGACAAAAGCAGAAGAGGAAGUGAUUGAAAAAGAAGAAAAAUCAUUUAUUGCUGAAGUAAUGCUGUCUUGGCAGGAGUGGAAAAACUCAUGGGAUCAGUGGAAACAGGCCCAUGAUGAGACAAGAAUAUCAUGGGAAGAAUGGAAGCAAGAAUGGGAGAGAAGGCGUGUUGAGGCAGAGAAGGAACUACCCAAGACUAAAGAGAAGCUAUUCUUAGAGGAGGGAAUGCAGGAAGGGGAAAAAAGGAAGCUGAAAUGGGAUGAGUGGAGACAGCUCUGGGAAAAUAUAUUGUCAUCCAGGUCCAAGGAUGAGAAAGAACUCAUUCUAGAGGAAGACUUAUUUAAAGAGUGGGAGGAAAUAUCUAAGGAAUUGAAACAAGAAGGAGAAGGAGAAGAAGAGGAAGGAGAAGAAGAAGAAUAUGAAAAACAUGAGCUGCUCACAGAAGAGCAAAGACAGAUCCAGGAAGAGCACAUAAAGGUCAGGAGUCAGAGAAAAGAAGCCCGACAUAAAAGACAACAAGCCAAAGACGAGAAAAAACUAGCACAAGAAGAAGAGAAACUUGCACAAGAAGAGAGAAAGCUGGCUCAGGAAGAGAGAAAACUGGCCCAAGAAUAUGUGAAAAUAUCCCUGAAAGAUGAGAAAAUGGCCAAGGCAGAGAGUAAGUUUGCCCAGAAAGAGGAAAAAUUGGCUCAGAGAGAGGAGGCACUAAGCCAUAAAGUGGAGCGACUGGCCCACAAGAGAAAGAAAUUGGCCAAGAAAUUGGAGAAAACUGCCCACGAAGAAGAGAAACUAGCAAAGAAAAAAGAGAAAGCAAUUGUGGUAAAAAAAAUAUUGGCUGAGAAAGCAGAAACAUUGAAACAGAAGGAACAAAGUCUAGAAUGGCAAGAAAAUGAGCUGGCUGAGGAACUAGAGGAGCUGGAAAGGAACAUGAAAGACCUGGCUUCAAAAGAAGUUGAGCUGAACCAGGAACAAGAGAGACUGGUUAAGGAAAAGGAGGAACUGGCUGAGGAAGAGAAGAUACUGGCCUCGCAAGAGGAGAAUCUGGCUAAGAAAGAGAAAUCACUGGCCCAGGAAGAAGAGCUGCUGGUGCAGGAAGAAGAGAAUCUGGCUCAGGACAAGGAAAAAAACCCCCAGGAAGUAAGAAGAUUGGUUCAGAAAAGGCAGAAACUGACAGAGAACAAAGAGAAAUUGGCCCAGGAAAGGGAAAAACUGGUUCAGAAGAGGAAAGAACUCACACAGAAGAAGGAGAGACUGGCCCAACAGGAAGAGAAUCUGGCUCAGAAGUGGAAGAAUUUGGCUCAGGAGAAGGAAAAACUGGCUCAGAGGAAAGAGCAUCUCCAUCAUAUCAAAGAAGAACUCCUGCAGGAGAGAGAGCAAUUAGCUCAGGCAAAGAAGAAAAUAGAUAUGCACAAGGAGACACUGGUUCAGGUAGAAGAGAAGCUGAAGCAGGGGAGGGAGGUAGUGGUGAAGAAAAAGGAGAAGCUGGAUGCUAUACAGAAGGAACUGGUUCAAGCAGGUGGGACUCUGGCUAGAAACCAGGAGAAAGUGGCCCAGAAAAAAAUGCAAUUAUCUGUGGCAAAGAAGGCAGUGCUCCAAGGAAGGAAAAUGCUCAGAGAUGAGCUGGAUGUGGCUAAGGAAGAAAAGGCAUUGGACAUGGAAAUGGAGAGGCUGGCCCAAAAGAAGAUGAGAUUGGACAAGGAGCUAGAAAUUCUCUCCAAGGGACGGACUCAAGAAAGCCCAGAAAAACCAAAACUGACUAAACAAGAAAUAGACCUAAUGAAGAAGAGAUUGUCACUACAGGAGAAGAUAUUAAGAUAUAAAUAUAGGAUUCUGGCCACAGAGGAAAAAGAUAUUGCCAAAGGAAAACUGGAAUUUACUAGUGGACAGAGGGCAUAUGCAAAAGAAGAGAGGAAGUUAGCUAAAAUUAUAAGGAAAUUGGUUAAAGAGGAGGAGGACAUUUUUACAGAGCCAACAAAAAUGAGCAGUGUUACAAAGGUACUUCAAAAACUAAUCAGUGAUGAAAGGAAAAUAACCCAGGAAGAAAUAAAGAUGACAAAGAUGAAGCGGUCACUCAUUGUCAAAGAGAGCAGACUGAGCAAGGAACAGAGCAGACUUGAUAUCAAAGAGUUGGAUAUUACUGAGCAAGAAUCAGAAUUGGCCACAGAAGAAGAGCAACUGGCUAAGCAGCAGAGAAAAUUGGCCAAGAAAAUGAGAAAUAUUACAAAGCAAGAAGAAAAAAUGGCUGAGGAAGAAAGUAGAUUGGCCAAGGAACAGAGAGAAGUCAUACAAGCUAUAGAAGAAGAAGAAAAAAUAGAGGAAGAGAAAAUCCCGUUUCUUAAAAGGAGGUGGAGAAAAAGAGAAAAGUCAAAAGAAAUUGAUACUCUAAAGGGAAAGUUCUACAGAGAAGUGGAUGAGACGGAAAGUGAAGAGAGCAUUUCUAAGGACAUAGAAAGCCUGCUAGAAGAGGUAGAGCAAGAGAGUUUGUCUGAUGAGGAGGAGAAGGAAGAAGAGGAGGAAGAGGAAGAGGAGGGGGAGAAAAAGGGGGAGGAAGAGGAGGAAGAGGAGGAAGAGGAAGAAGAGGAAGAAGAGAUGGAAAUGGAGGAAGAGGAAGAGGAAGAGGAAAAGAAGGCAGAGAGGGGGAAAAAGAAGGAAGAGAAGAGGAAGGAAAAGGAAGAGAAGAGGAAGACAAAAAAGAAAGUGGAAGAGGAGGAUGAAGGUUCCAAGGAAGAGGAAGAAAGCAUGAGUGAGGAGGAGCUGGAAAGUUCAAGUGAGACAGAAGAGGAGAGAAGUUCAGUAGAACUGGGCAAGGAAGAAGGCAUCUUAAAAAAAGAAAAACUAUUUCAGCUACAGGAAGAAAGAAGAAAGGACCUACAAAGAAGGAAAAUGGUCCCUUUUAUUGGAGAAAGACCCAUUGGGGUCAAAGGCAGUGGUAUAAAACUGGGAGUUCUAAAAGUCCCUUCCAGACAACCAAUCUCAGUACAUGUGGGUAUGGGAGGGAAGAUACAAAUGCCACUGCCAGUUACACAAACAUUCUUGGAAGAAAAAACCACAGCACUCCAGAUAUGGAGUAUAUCCUCAAAGGUACAGUUGAAGGAUAAAGAAAGAGAACUGUUUGAAAAAUGGAAAGACAUGCCUCUACCCGUGCUGGAUACAAUUUCAGUGUCCCAAGAGCAGGACAUGAAGACACCAUUCAUGUCCGGCAUAUUCAGGAAAACCAUGGAGGCUCGCAAACUCAAACACAGACUCCCAGAUGCCAGGUGGAAGUGGCUUUUGCAGCAGCAUCCAUCUCUGAUAGGAUACAGUAAGAUACAACCCCCUGUUGCCCGGAUCCUGGAUGACAAACAACAUCUAGAGGUACAGGUAAGCCUCUCAGACACGGAGUGGAUCCACCAGGUCCUAGAACAGAUGGAAGCAGGGGAACAGCUUUCCAGAGACAGCUUCCACAGAUUGUGUCAGCUCCUCAAAGACUUGACUUCAGAGGGAAACUUAGAGUGGCUACGUCCAGCCACACUCAGAACCAUUGUGCACCAUCACUUGCAGGCUCUGCAGUCACAAAGCACAAGGGCCACGCAGCCCAGCAGGGAAUUCAUGACUCUGAAACACCGGAAAGUGAUUCCUCCUAUAAAAGGAAAGGAAAAGGAAAGUUGGCUAAAAUCUUUGACUGUUCCCACACCAAAGUUCCCAUUAGCUGCCCAGAUGAUUACAGACCCAAAGGCUACAAACUGGCAUCUUCUAGGUGAGCCUUACAUGAGUGCACAGAUACAGCAGUUAUCCAAUGCUGUCAAAGAAAUGGAGAUACGACAUUUUUAUCCUGUCAGAAGAGACCUUUUCACAGGUGCCCAUGCCUCUGUGGACAAACAAACCCUGGCACUAAUGUUUCAGAAGGACCUUAGGGCUUUUAAGGGUAAAGACAGGUUUCCUAAAUUGUCCAAGUUGCAGAAGAAACAGCCUAUCUCACAAAAGAAGGAAAAGGUACCUCCAUGGGAGACAUUUGUGGUACUGUACCAUGUUUUGCGGACGCUGCAACAGCGAUAUGCUAAAGACACUGCUGCUUGGAUGGAACAGUUCCAUCAGCUCAUGGACUUGUACCAGCUCAAGUCCCCCAGAAUCCAGAGGCUGCUACAAGAUCUGCUACUGACAGAGGAAACUCAGCCUGAACAGAUCAUCUAUAAAGAGGCCCUGCCACCCACAGAGCUAGUACCUGGGGAACGGGUGUUCUACUGCCUGGUUUGUGGUGGCUCUCAUACCCCAAGCACUCUGGGGUUCCAGGAUGUGGUAGCCCUUCCUGGACAGAAUAAGGUGCACACCUUCCUUCCUGUAGGUAUUGCCAAAUACGGAAUCUUAGAACUUGCCUGGAAGAGCCUGCCCCAAGCUGAUACUUGCCUCACCAAGGAAUUUCCCCACAUCAUUGCCACCACUCCCAAAUUUGGGACUGGCUAGAGGUCAAAACUUUUCAUUCUCAACUGGAGAAAGCUCUGCUCAUCAGAAUCUAGAUCUUCAUCUCUAGGGGCCAGAUCAAAGCCCCUUUUCUACCCAGCUCUGGAAACCUGUUUCUGUAUGUGAAUAAAAGGGAGGUUCUUUUUUUGCAACAA